CCGCGAUGUUUUUCAGGGACGAUAACACCAUACAACAGUCAUAUGACAGUGACUUAGGCCUUCUGACUAGAACAAUUCUAAACACAUUGUUAUUGUAACAUUGCAUUAGGCUUACCACUACUAUCAAAUGACAUUGUGAGAAGUCAAUUGUCGAUUACGCUGUGGCAGUGAUAAACAAGAAUGGCAAGACGAACUGAGUACCCGGAAUAUGGAGCAGUCCGAGAGUAUCACGAUGAUCCUUAUUAUGGAACAGCUAACACAAAAUUCUCCAAGAUAUGUGAUCAGAUAAAGGCUAACAUAUCCAACAUAAAUGUUGGUGCUAACUCCGUGGACAAAUUGAUGAAAAUAAUUGGAACAGACAGAGACAGCGUGGAAACAAGAGACAAAAUCCAUGAAGUAUCAACAAAAACAAACAAAAUCGUGCAGGAAACGACGAGACAGAUGAAAACUAUUGCUUCAAUGACAGGCCUGGACAGGCCACAAAAGUUCCAGGUAGAUAGAUUAAAGAAUGAUUUCCAGGAAUCUGUCCAAAGAUUUACAUCUGUACAAAAGAGAGCUACAGAACAAGUCAAGAAGACUGUGAAACUAGCCACGCAGAAGCCCAAGGCAAAGUCUAGUGGGGGAUGGAUCGAUGAUGAUGAUGAUGAAGUGAAAUUCCUGGAACAAGAGAGGAAAAGAGAAGAAGAACAGAUACAGGACCAAAUUAUUGAGGAUGACCUAGCUCUAAUCAGAGAUCGCGAGGAGAGAAUCCGGCAAUUAGAGUCUGACAUUUUGGACGUUAAUGAAAUAUUUAAAGAUUUGGCAACACUGGUUAAUGAGCAGGGAGAAACCAUAGAUUCCAUAGAAACCAAUGUAGACAAAGCCUACACAAAUGUUGAGUCAGGAACAUCACAGUUGGCCAAAGCAGCUGAGUAUCAAAAAAAGUCCCGGAAGAAGAUGUGCAUAUUACUUGUGAUUUUGUUGAUCAUAGCAGCAGUUGUGACUAUUAUAAUUGUGGCAUCUGUGAAAUCCUGAAGCAUUGAAUAUUCCUCAGAAAAACUACAGUGAAAUGAUAUACUGAUAAUCUAUCCAUGUUCAAAAGCAUGGAUAUGUCAUAACUUUUAAAAUUGAUAGAAUGGUAUACAGUGUAUACACAUUGUUGUUGUUUUUUUUUAAUCAAAUAACCUGUAUAAUCAUUACCUAAGCAUUGAAAUACAUGUUGGAGGGAAUGGUUUCAUGUAUUUCCAUUCAGAUGUAAAAGUUUGUGAUUGUUUGUGAGUUCAAACAAAGACUAAUAUUGUUUUCCAUACCUUCAUGAAAUGCUUUUUGCUUUUGUUAUUGUAGAUUCCUCAAGUUAGAUGAACAAAGCAGUACAAGAUAAUUUACUUCACUAUGUAAUGUAAAUCAUAGAAAAUGUCAAUCUAAUUAAAAUCAGAUCAAUAUAAUGGUUAGAGGAGAUCUGAUUUUAGUUAGAUUUAGAAAAUGUAUGAUGUCAUAAUCAAUUAUAUUACAGCAAUGUAAGAUUAAUAGAAUCCUUCAUUGGUACGAGUGUGGGAUAGGGAAAUUCCACCGAGGGGACAAGAUGCUUUGGUUUUGCUGAGUCCUAAACAGCUAAUCUUCUUCCAGAGGUGAAAUUUCCCCACCCCACAGUAGUAAAUGGAGGAUUAUUUUUCUCAUAUUUUACCCAUAGUUUAGUGCAUAAAUUCAGGAGCUUUUAGAAAAUCAAAAAUUAUGAGAAUCCUCAUUUGAACUUCAUUGCAAAAACUAUAAUUAUGACAGCGAGAAAGACCACACCCAUAAAUGGUUUACACUGUAAGUGUAAACGAAAAAACCCAAGGUUGUCCACCUGAAAGCUAUAUCACAUUAAAAUUUAAAGAAAACAAUGCAAAAUAUUUUACUUCAUGUGUAACAUAAAUCAGAGAGAAUAUAUGACGUGACAAUCAAAUGACGUCGCAGCAGUGUGAGGCAGAGAAAUCUCACAUGGGUAAAGUCGAUCUCACACUGGUGAUGAUGUGAGAAAGAGAAAUCUUACAUGGUUGAAAAAUGCUGUUUUACACUGGUAAUUGCUGUAAUAUACUGCACAUUGGAAUAACAAUCACUUUAUUGGAAAUAAGUGAAAUUCUGUGUUAAGAAUGUUGACAUUCCUUAAAGAAUUUUGUGCAAUAAAGUAAGAAUUAUA